AGAAGCCCACGUGUGCGAUUUCAGUUCUCAUGGCUGUGCUCCUGAAGAGGUUGUUGCGUCCCCGGAGGCCCCCGGCGGCCUUGGGCCGCCCCCUGGGACGGCGCGAGGCCAGCCUGGGCACUCAUGCCGGGGCUGCGGUGCGAGUGCGGUUCGCCCCCAGCCCCACAGGCUUUUUGCACCUGGGCGGCCUCCGCACUGCCUUGUACAACUACAUCUUUGCCAAGAAGCACCGAGGGAGCUUCAUCCUGAGGCUGGAGGACACGGAUCAGACCCGCCUUGUGCCUGGUGCAGCGGAGAAUAUAGAGGACAUGCUGGAAUGGGCAGGCAUCCCCCCUGACGAGAGCCCCCGCCGAGGAGGUCCUGCAGGGCCCUACCUGCAGUCUCAGCGACUUGCGCUCUACACCCAGGCCACCGAAGCUCUGCUGAAGAGCGGUGCUGCGUACCCGUGUUUCUGCUCACCCCAGCGGCUGGAGCUCCUGAAGAGGGAGGCCCUAAGGAACCACCAGACACCCCGGUAUGACAAUCGGUGCCGGAGCCUGAGCGAGGCGCAGGUGGCCCAGAAGCUGGCCAAGGACCCCAAGCCUGCCAUCCGCUUCCACCUGGAGGGGGAGGCUCCAGCCUUCCAGGACUUGGUGUACGGCUGGAAUCGGCAUGAGGUGGCCAGUGUGGAGGGGGACCCAGUCAUCCUGAAGAGCGAUGGCUUCCCCACCUACCACCUGGCCUGCGUGGUGGACGACCACCACAUGGGCAUCAGCCACGUGCUGCGGGGCUCCGAGUGGCUGGUCUCCACCUCCAAGCAUCUGCUCCUCUACCAGGCCCUGGGCUGGCAGCCCCCGCGCUUUGCCCACCUGCCCCUGCUCCUCAACAGGGAUGGCAGCAAGCUGUCCAAGAGGCAAGGGGACAUCUUCCUGGAGCAUUUUGCUGCUGCCGGCUUCCUGCCAGAUGCCUUGCUCGAUAUCAUCACCAGCUGCGGCUCAGGGUUUGCAGAGAACCAGAUGGGCAGGACCUUGCCAGAGCUGAUCACACAGUUUGACCUGACUCGGGUCACCUGCCACUCGGCCCUGCUGGACCUGGAGAAGCUCCCAGAAUUCAACAGGCUGCACCUCCGCCGUCUGGUGAGCGAUGAGACCCAGAGACGCCAGCUGGUGGGGAAGCUACAGGCUCUCGUGGAGGAGGCAUUUGGGAGCCAGCUGCAAGACAGGCAUGUGCUGGACGCAGCCUACGUGGAGAGGAUCAUCCUGCUGAGACAGGGUCACAUUUGCCGCCUGCAGGAUUUGGUCUCCCCAGUGCACUCCUACCUGUGGACUCGCCCUGCUGUGGGUCGAGCACAGCUGAGCGCCGUCUCGGAGAAGGUGGACGUCGUUGCCAAGCGUGUGCUGGGAUCUGUCCAGGGCUUAGAAGAGCAUCCUCAUUCUUUUCUCAGCUACAGCUAUUCCCUUUUUAUACCACUUUACCAUGAUUUAUAUAAUUCACCUCCUAUUGAUAGACGUUUGUAUUGCUUCCAAAUUUUGCAGUUACAAACAAUGCCACAGUGAGUGACCUUGAAUAGACAUCAUUAAGCACCCUUACAAGUAAAUCUCCCAGAUAAAUUCCCAAGAGGUAUUAUUAAUAAUAAUACUCCCUUAAUUUAGGACAUUCCACAUGAGGCUGUUAGUUCUAGUUCACCAGGCUAAUGUCUUACCUCCCCACCCCCGCCAUGGGAUUAGAUUUUAGAGACCCUCCUCUGGGGCUCCCACUGAAGACAGGAAAGCUGACGACCAAAUAUUUAGAAGCUGCCGGAUCUCUGGAAGUCCCUUUGUGCCCAUGCCAAGGCCUGGACCAGCUCUAACAUGUCCUGGCUGCCAGUGUUGGCUGCCUGGGGCCUGUCAUUCUUUCACCAGCUCCUUGGCAGCCUGAUUCUCCACAGUGACAUUGAGGAGUGUGUUUGGUUUUUUCCCACAUUACAUUUUUUUUUUUUGAAGUCUAGUUGAUUUACAAUGUGUUAAUUUCUGCUAUAUAGCAAAGUGAUUCAGUUAUACAUAUUCUUUUCCAUAGUCUUUUCCAUUAUGGUUUAUCACAGGAUACUGACUAUAGUUUCCUGUGCUCUGUGGUAGGACCUUGUUGUUUAUUCAUUUUAUAUAUAAUGUUUUGCAUCUGCUAGUCCUAAACUCCCAGUCCUUCCCUCCCCCACCCCGCCCACCCUUGGCAACCACAGGUCUGUUCUCUGUGUCUGUGAGUCUGUUUCUGGUUCAUAGAUAUGUUCAUUUGUGUCAUAUUUUAGAUUCCACAUAUAAGUGAUAUCAGAUGGUAUUUGUCUCUUUCUGACUUACUUCACUUUGUAUGAUAAUCUCUAGGUCCAUCCAUGUUGCUGCAAACCACAUGACAUUUUAUAUUUUCAAUAUUUCCUCUUCUCCAUUUCAUAAAUAGCAGCAAUCAUGUGGUCCAGUUUUAAGAUGCAAGAAGAAUGAUUAUGUUUCUCAAAUUGAAACAGAAUUGCUCAAGUACUGGAGUGAGUAAGGAAAUCUGCACCAAAAGGCUCUUUGUUCCAAUUCCUCAUGAACCCAGUCCCUGAGCCGGUAGCCCUCCACACUGAGCUGAUGUGGGGAAUGGAGUUUCUGGGCCCUUUCGGGAGCAGGUGGUGUCAGAGGUGGCAUCGAGGAUUGUCUGCACUAGUGAAGAUCUCCAGCCUUGGUCCCUCUUCCGUGUGGAAUGACCCCCCCAGCCCUGCUCCCAUCUCUUGCUCUAACUCAGAAUCAGGGCUGGGACUAAGUUUUUGCAAGUCCCGCUCUGACUAAUUGGGGACUUUCUCCUGAGCUCAAACAUGCUUUGGGGAGAGGGUCUCAGCUGGACUGCCAGGAAAGUGGGGGAUGGUUGCUGGCCUGUUGUAGUUCCUUAAGUGUUUCAUUUGUGGACAAAGAAUGGUUGUAGCAAGUUGGCGGCGGGGACAUUACUGGAGCUGGGGGUCUCCUGAUUUCCUUCUUUCUGCUCUUCUCUGCUACAUCCCCCAGAAGUCUUGAAGCUGUGUUUCAGAUCAUUUCCCAAAAGGCUUCAUUCUUCCAUCCUAUGUGUAACCCAAUCAUAAGUUUCUUUUUAGAUCCUUUUGCAAUGUCUCUGAGCUCUUGGAUAUAAUAAAUAUUAGCUAAUAUUUAACUUUUUAUUGAAAUAUAAGAGCUCAUACUUUCAAGUACUUACCCUCUGUUCAGGCAGUGUACUUAGUGCUUUACAAGUUUUAACUUAGCCCCACCAUAGCCCUGUGAGGUGCAGACACUAUUAUUAUUCCCACUUUACAGGUGAGAAAACUGAGGCAUGAAGAUUACAUGACACAGGUAGUAAUCAGUAGAUCCUCUUAUGGUGUCCUCUUAGUUUCCCAAUUUUAUGCCCACUUGCUUGGAUUCUCUGUGUUUGUAGUGUCUUGGUUGUUGUUUCUUCCCCAGCUAGGAUGGGGAUGGGGGUAGUAGAUAUCCCCCCACCCCCAAGGCAGGCUUGAACAUUGGUUGUGCUGUUAAUGUAUAUUGUAGCUGAUGGAUGAUCUUCUGAAGUCCUCCCUUCCACCCACUUGCCAUUGGCCCAUGCUGGCCCCUUACAGACUGG